GGGCUGGAAUUGGUGCCUAGAGGGACAGAGGGCUUGGAUUAGGGGUGCAAAAUGGGGAAACGGGGUGAAUAGGAGGUAUAGGCAUGCCAGAGGGAUAGUCAGAUGAAGAGUAAGAGUUUUUUCGGAAUUUUGAGGAUUCUGACCUUUUUUAGAUAGUGAAGAAUAUCUCACCCGAAAUUUUUCACCUGAGAUAGAUCAGAACAUUCACACAGUAUUUAUGAAUAACUCAAGUAUCUUCAACUUGAACCUGCGGAAAUCGAGCUGUAGUUCUAAAUACUUUCUUCAGAUCAAGCCGUAUCAUCACAUAAAAUAACUUGUCAGAUCUGGGGUUUCUCACAAAACAAAUUGUAUCCCCAAAUAAAUCAAAGGGGUCACGAAAGAAGAGGAGGACUGUUAAUGUUACCCAAAGAGUAAAGAGCUUCAGUCCUAAGUCACCUAAAGAUCAACAAGAAAAGAAGAGCUCGAUCUUUAGUGCUAAGAAUUUGAAAUUAGGCAAGGGAAAAUAAAUCAGUGAACCUCCAAGUUGAUGUUUCUCAGGAUUAUUUGAACUCAGCCAUGACUGCAGAUGCAAGGCCAAUGAAUACUAAUAAAAACAUGACUUACUCUAAAAGCUUUCACAGAAAAGGCAAGUCAUUGAUCCAGAAGAGGAUUACCAAUAUUGAGAACUCUAUCGAUGAAAUGGAAGUAAAAUUCCAGAUUGAUUCUGACAAGACUAAGAUGCACCACACCAAGAGGUUCUUAUCACCAGAAGAUGGUCUGAACUUUAGCUCUUCGAACCUGCUGAUGAGUGAAACUAACGAAAACAUGAAGAGGACUACUUUCUCAAUAAAUACUGAGAAAAAUACACCAAGAAGGUUAAGUCUUUUGACACCAAAUAAGGCAAAUUUUCAGAAGGAUGCUGAUUGGCAGACCCAGGACUUUCUCGAUCGCAACAAAGAAGUUUACAACGUUCUCCAAGAAGCAUAUGCUUCUCUUGAAGUGCCAAAAAGUCACCAGAAAGUGUUUGAUAGAAUUUUUAAGACCUUUGAGAAGAACUGAAAAGAUUUAGUGAAGUUUCAUGGCAAAUCAGAGACAGAUUUGGAGAAAUUACUCAAUCUGAACCAGUGAAAAAUCAUUCAGUUAGAGACUAGACUUGCGGAGUACAAGAAAAUGAUGUCUGAUGCCGCAAGGAGGGAAAUAAUCUCCCAAAACAAGAAACGGAUGCGAGAAAUAGACCAGAACUUAGAAGCUUUUGAUAACCUGAAAUAAUAUAAGAUUUUCAAAAAGAAAGAUUGCUAAUCAGAGCAAGGUCACUUUUGAGCUAGAGAAGUUAUACUCAAUAUCUUCUAUCGGUGCUAACACAGUUGAAACAGAUAGAUACUCUAAGAAAGAGUUACAAAUUGCAGGUUUCGAAGUCUGGAAGAAUAUGUUGAAAAGCAAAGGGAUUGAUAUUCAGAAUAUGAGCGCUCAGUCAAUGAUAAAAAUUCUCCAAAUAAAAGGGCCAAAUGCGUUCAGAAGUGUUGAGGUCCAAACAGACCAAAUUGAGCUACAAUCUGAGAUGAAAAUAUUAGAGAAGAACUUCGUGAAUCUCAAGGCUCAAAAUGAGCAGCUACAGCAAGAAAAAGAAGAAGAUUUGGAAAGAAUUAGGGAACUCCAGAUCUUGGAAAGGACACUUGAAGAGCGUAUCAAGGAUCUUCAGAUGAAGAAAAUCUCACUUGAGAACAAUCUUGAGGAGAAAGAGGUUGAAAUCACUAAGCUUAAUUACAAAGUGAAUGAGCUUAAGGACCAGGCUGAGCUGAGAAAAGAAGAGUUUGAAACCCAAAAGAAGAAGCUAAGCUCAUUAGCCAAGAACCUCAAUGAGAUCAAGAUGGAAAGAUCUAAAUGGAAAGGAAAGUUCCAGAAAGAUGAAUUAGAUUCACAAUCUGCUCUCUCGAUCUCUGAUAGUGAUGAAGAACCUUCUAAUAAAAGACCAAGCAUGCACCCCAGGAGAAGGAUUUCUGCUUUACAAGAGAUGAAAGAGAGUGAUCUACUGAGAGGUAGUAGCAUUACUCCAAUUGAUGAAGAAGAUGAAGAGGAUCAUCCUAACAUGAAUAAAACUACGACCUUCACUAACAUUGACAAGCUGGAUAUUAGUGAUGAAGAGAGUAUGUCAGAAUCAUAUUCAGAAACUUCCAAGUUUGAGUACGAAAGAGGGUCUAAAAAUACAAGUUCGAACUUGAUAAGGUCGAACACUAAACUAAGAGAAUAUGCCAGAAUGAGCACAUUCAGGUCUGACAGUAGCAACAAUAGUAAAAAGUUCAAGUUCAGGAACAAAGUUGGCCGAAGAGAUGUACUUGUCCAGACUGACAAGAAAAUGUUUGACAAAUUCUUGAAGCAUAAGUGCAAUGAAUUCCUGAAAAAGAGAAAAGGAAGAGAAAGGAACAAACUUGUACAGACAGAGGAGGAAGUCUCUGAAGCAGAGGAGCAACGUCAGAAGGAACUCUUACUCCAGUACGGGCAUAAAUUUUCAAGAGCUGGCGAUUCAAGCUUCAGAGGGUUUUCUAGUGGAGAAAAUAAUGAAAUUGUAUAUAAGAAUCCCCAAAGAGCUUCUCUUCAGCUGUUCCCGCUGACUAUUCAGGAAGAGUCUGAUAUGUUUGAAGUUACUGGAACUCCUGCCAGGAGGGAGAGUAACGCAAAAGAUUCUUUCAGAUACCCUCUGAAGAGUUUGAGAAAACCCAGAGAAUCCCAAUUUAAGCAAGGGUCAUUUAACUGUUUAGGAAGCAGAAGGCAGAGAAGUUUUAUGAUGAUGGGAUAAGCUCUGAUUCCAAGAAGAAGAAGAAGGCAAAUGUUAAGAAGAAGAUAUAUUUUCUUAUUGAUCAUUUUUAGAUGAGUUCUAUCCAAAUAGAUGCUUAUCUUCCUCCUCCUAAGAGAACACCUAACUUGGCAUCACAAAGAAGGAAGACAAGGAUGCUCUCCAAAGGAAAUUCUCAGCAGGUCAGCUUCUUUUCAAGGGGACUUGAUUCUUCAAGAGGAAAUAACUCUUCAGAAGGAGAACGCAAUAGUAAGAUGUCUCAAUUCCGAGGUGAGUCUCAAGAUGGUUAAAGCCUUAUUUGGUCAUCCUUAGUAGACAAGAAUAAUGAAAAUUGAAAAUAAUGAUGAUUCAUAUUAUUUUCCGUGAAUUUUGAAAAUAGAAAA